UAAAGCAUAGAAGCUGCUCCUGGUUCAGUUGCUGGCAGUGUGUUGAAUGCAGUUACUUGGGGGGGGGGGGGGUCACUGGUCCGGCUUUCAGUGCCCCGCGGACAGCUUGGGCAUUUCUGCAUCGUCUCGGUUUGUGGAGAGUGAGGGGCGAUAAGGCAGCGCCAUGCAGAUGAAGGCGGCUCUGAGAUGUGUCAGUGGGGACCACGCCUUGCUCUCACUGGCGGCCAUGUUGCAUUCUCACUGCUGAAAAUUGCACCGCUUCAUUAUCAACAACAGAGAAAUUUGAGAAGGACAAUUUGUUUGGGAGCUUUUCUCACGUGACCUUUAAAGAGGUCCGCAUUUAAGCCCAGAGUAGAGGAAUUGUGCUGUUAACCAGACCAGUCAAAAAUGCCGAAGCCGAUCAAUGUCCGUGUCACUACCAUGGAUGCAGAGCUUGAGUUUGCCAUUCAGCCAAGUACAACUGGCAAGCAACUCUUUGAUCAGGUUGUAAAAACUGUUGGUCUCCGAGAAGUGUGGUUCUUUGGCCUGCAGUAUAUAGACAGUAAAGGAUAUACCACGUGGCUGAAGCUAAACAAAAAGGUUACUCAGCAGGAUGUGCGAAAAGAGAGCCCACUACAAUUUAAAUUUAGGGCAAAGUUCUUUCCAGAAGAUGUGUCUGAGGAGCUGAUCCAGGAAAUAACGCAACGUUUGUUCUUCUUGCAAGUGAAAGAGGGUAUUCUUAAUGAUGAAAUCUACUGUCCACCAGAAACUGCAGUCCUACUUGCUUCUUAUGCUGUGCAGGCUAAAUAUGGCGAUUUCAACAAAGAGGUUCACAAAUCGGGCUACCUAGCUAGUGAUCGGCUUCUUCCCCAGCGUGUCUUAGAACAACAUAAGUUGACAAAAGAACAAUGGGAAGAUAGAAUACAGACUUGGCAUGAAGAACACCGAGGAAUGCUGAGGGAAGAUUCAAUGAUGGAAUACCUGAAGAUUGCUCAAGAUCUCGAAAUGUAUGGUGUCAAUUACUUUGAAAUCAAGAACAAAAAGGGAACAGAGUUAUGGCUGGGUGUUGACGCUCUUGGACUUAACAUCUAUGAACAUGAUGAUAAAUUGACGCCAAAAAUUGGGUUUCCUUGGAGUGAAAUAAGAAACAUCUCUUUUAAUGACAAAAAGUUUGUCAUUAAACCAAUUGAUAAGAAAGCUCCAGAUUUUGUAUUUUAUGCUCCCCGGCUGCGAAUUAAUAAACGAAUUUUAGCACUUUGUAUGGGAAAUCACGAACUCUAUAUGCGAAGGAGAAAACCUGACACUAUUGAAGUACAGCAAAUGAAGGCACAAGCCAGAGAGGAAAAACAUCAGAAACAAUUAGAAAGGGCACAGCUUGAAAAUGAAAAGAAGAAGCGAGAAAUGGCAGAAAAGGAGAAAGAGAGGAUAGAACAAGAGAAGGAGGAACUUAUGCAAAGACUUAGACAAAUUGAAGAACAAACUGCAAAAGCUCAGAAAGAGUUAGAAGAUCAAACACGUAGAGCUUUAGAACUUGAGCAGGAAAGGAGAAGAGCUAAAGAAGAUGCGGAGAGAUUAGAAAAAGAGCGUCGCAAUGCAGAAGAGGCGAAAGCUGCCUUGGCCCGACAAGCUGAAGAUCAGAUGAAGAAUCAGGAGCAUCUGGCUGCUGAACUCGCUGAAUUUACAGCCAAAAUUGCACUUUUGGAGGAUGCCAAGAGGAAGAAGGAAGCAGAGGCUACUGAAUGGCAGCAGAAAGCUGUAACAGCUCAGGAGGACUUGGAAAAAACCAAGGAGGAAUUGAAGAUUGUGAUGACAGCUCCUCCACCACCACCACCACCAGUUAUUCCACAAGCUGAGAAUGAGCAUGAUGAUGAGCAAGAUGAGAACAAUGCUGAAGCCAGUGCUGAACUGUUAUCAGAAGGAAUAGCAAACCAUCGCAGUGAGGAGGAACGCAUUACUGAAACACAGAAGAAUGAGCGUGUAAAGAAACAACUGCAGGCCCUAAGUUCUGAAUUGGCCCAUGCCCGUGAUGAGACAAAGAAAACCGUAAAUGACGUCAUCCAUGCUGAAAAUGUUAAGGCGGGCCGUGACAAAUACAAGACUCUACGACAGAUACGACAAGGCAACACAAAACAGCGAAUUGAUGAGUUUGAAGCUAUGUGAAAGUGCAUUACUUUUUAUAUUAUGUUCUUUUAAAACAGCUGAACCAACAGCAGAGGAACAAGCAGCGCUGUACUGCUAAGAGUAGUGUUUCAUCUUGCCAAAGUAUUCUAUCAGUUAUACCGGAGUUGGAUGUAAAUUUCUAAGGCAGUUGGUAAAUGCCCUUUAAGCAUUUAGUAGAACAAUUAACGGGACUUGGAUGGAGCUAUUCAGGAAAUAAACUGAUGGGUUUUUCCCCCCCAUUAAUAGGCAUGUUUAAUUUCAGUGAGGUGCAUGUAUGAAGUGUGGCUUGGUCUCUAGCUUGCCAUUAGAGGUGUAUAAAGUUAAUAUAGAACAGUUUGAUACUUUUGAGGGCUUGAGCAAACUGCCUUAAAAUGAGGGAGGGCUGUAAAAUUUAUCUAAAUUUCAGUAACUGAAUACUGUGUUGUAUUAGAUUGAACAUCUUUCUGAAGGUUGGUGUUUCAUGUCCUGUCACCAUAGAUGGUUUUCUUUGCCUACCUGUUCACAAAGACUUGCUCAACAGAUAGCUGAUCCUAGUUUCUAACUGGACUACUAUUUGCUCAAGACACAGCAAGCAAUGCAUUGGCAUAAGGCUUGUGUGUCUGUACAGACCAAAUUGAAACGCAACCAUUAUUAGUGAACAAAUUUUCAUGUCGGGCCUUUCUGGCAGGGGAGCAUAUGAAAACAUCAGUCCCAAGGAGGGGACAGUAUACUACCUCAAUAUUAUACACAUGAUGAAUGGCCAGUCAAACACCCCCUCAAUGUCUGAAUUUUCUGCAAGAUAUCAUGUAAUUUUUUUAAAUCUUGCUUCUUUGUCACCCACCUUUCCCUAAAACUGAAUUAAUGUUGGAAUACUUGUAUGUGUUGAUCAGAUCACUCAAUGUUGUAUAUGUAAAAUGAUGGCACAAGAAGUUUUUUGUAUUACUUUUAAUAUUUCUGUUGCCUGAACCCAGGUGGUAGGCGUUUCUCUGUUUGCAGGAGAACAGGUAAAUGUGCACAUUUCAGGUGAAUGAUGCUUCAAGGUAAUAAGCUAACUUGCAUUACUAAAUAAGUGUUUAGUGGCAAAUUACAGUAGGAAGAACACUGCAUGUUAUAUUGACAAUUGGCUCUGUUAAACUUGCCAUGUUUCUUGAGCUAAGUAAGCAUUUGAGCAAUAGUCAUUGACUUACUGUAAUUUAGAUUUGGUGCCCUUGCUUCCUCUGUACUUGGUUCAGCUAAAUUUCCAUUGGUAUUAUGCACUCAUAAAUCAGCAUUUGUUAUCUGUAAUGAUGGUUUAUUGAAAUUGCCAUUUAUAGUUGAGCAUUUAAUAUGCAUAGUAGGCUAAAGAUAAUGGGCAAUUCUAUUGCGCUUUUUGUGACUGUUAUUGCAGGUUAAGUUUUGAUUUGUCAUGAAUAAACAUCUAGUUUUUGUAAUUGCAGGUGAGAUUUCUGUUUUCAUUGUAUGCUGAGGGACAACUGGCAAUUCUUGAAGACUGGUUGUGAAUGUUGUGUACAUGCAUCAAACUUUGUCAAGUAUUUCUACUUGCAGUGGAAGAGUACUGUUUUGGUGCAUCAAGAGCAUAACUGAGGCAUAAGCAUCAGUAUAUUUAUCAUAUUCAUGCACUUUGCCAUAGCAAGUUGAAAUACUAUCUUUCCAAUGGAUAUUUUUCCUGAAAUGUGUACACUGACAUUGAUGCAUCUUUGUGUUGGUAUCAUUGUUGGAUAACACUACCAUUUAUUGUUUGCAGUUUAAUGGCUAUAUGAGCUCAUUAUGGGAAUGUUCAACUAUUAAGCUAUAUGGCUACUAAUGCAAUCACUAGCAGUAUACAACAUUUAUUAAUCUAAAAUACAUUGGUUUGUCUCUUCCAAAAUUAACUUUACAAAUGCUUUUCCCUGACACCAUGUACUGUUAUACAAACAGCAUAACUAUUUUGAACAACAUUAAUUGGUUCACUAUUAAAAAGAAAAGUAAA